GCUCAGCUCUGCUGGCAGCUGGAUCCAUCUCUGACGGGAGCUGCAGGACUCAGGCCAGCCCUGCUGCCGCAAUGUGUCUCUCUUGGGAUGGACUCAACCUGCUCUUAUUCCUGGUGCUGGCCUGGUGCCUGGCCCCGCCUGCCCACUGCCAGGGCCCACGCUACGAGAAGUUCCUGCGGCAACACCAUGACCACCCGCGGACCAAUGCCGGGCGGGAUUACUGCGGAGCCAUGAUGCAGCGCCGGGGCAUGGCCCGGCCCUGCAAAAACAUCAACACCUUCAUCCAUGCCCCCAAGGCCCAGAUCCAGGCUGUCUGCAGCUCCGGGGGCAUCGAGUACUGGGGCAUGCGGCGCAGCCGGGCUCAGUUCCCCGUCACCACCUGCUCGCUGAAGGGUCCCCCGUGGGGCCGGUGCAGCUACCUGGGCCACGCCAACCACAGAUUCCUCGUCAUCACCUGCGACCCGGCAGGCUGGCCCAUGCACUUCGACGAGAGCCACAUCAUGUGAUGGGGCCGGGCACCACUGCCCUGCUCCGUGUCGGCACAGAACUGAGUCCUCAGCCAUGCAUUGUGUCGAAUGGGCCAGACCCCCGGCUGGUGUGAAUGGGCCGCAGCUCUAUGGGGGUCAAUGGAGCUAGCCCCCCAGCUGAUGUGAAUGGACCAGAUCUCCAUUGAGGUCAAUGGGGCCAACUCCCAGCUGGUGUGAAUGGGCCGUAGCUCCACUGGGGUCAAUGGGGCCAACCCCAGAGCUGGUGUCAAUCAGCACCACUCCAUUAACACUGGCACCAUGGGAGCAGCGCUUCAAAGCCAUGCAGCUCCCAUCCAGUAAGGUUUGCUCCAGAGACAAGCCCAGGACUGCAUGGGUCAGGCAGGCUGCCUGGUCAUUCACCCCGCUGUGUGUCUCUGCGUGGCCUGGACACCAGACGCGCUGCAAAAGGCGGGGUGUGGGGGGAGCUGUCUGUGUGUGUGUGGGAGCUGGGUUGGGGGGUGGGGACGAGUGCAAUGCAGACAGCAGGGAAGGCGCAUCCAGCUACACUCAAAUGUCCUGUCCUUGCUCUGCUCCUAACUCAAUAAAGGCUCCCUUCUG